UCCUGAGUAAGCUUGGACCUCGGCACCUGGGGGUACCUUCUCUUCUCCCUCCACAGCAGCCUCUUCGUACCUACUUCUGCCUCCAAGGACUGCUGGAGCCAGACCUGAGGGAUCCGACUGUGCUCAGUGGAUCUCAGGCAAACACCACCAACACCCCCAGCAGCUCCAGAAGCUCAGUCAGCAGCCGCGGAGGGAAGGCCCAGGAGCUACCUGCAGCCAUGUCAGCCUUCAACCUGGUCAUUCUGGGCCUGCUCACCUCAGUGCCACCUGCCAGCUGUCAACAAGGUUUGGGGAACCUGCAGCCCUGGAUGCAGGGCCUCAUCGCAGUGGCCGUGUUCCUGGUUCUGGUUGCAAUUGCUUUUGCCGUUAACCACUUCUGGUGCCAGGAAGAGCCGGAGCCUGGAAACAUGGUCAUGACUGUUGGGAACAAGGCAGAUGGGAUCCUGGUGGGAAUGGAUGGAAGGUACUCCUCUACGGUGGCCAGCUUCAGGUCCAGUGAGCACAAAAAUGCCUAUGAGAACACCCUGGAGGAGGAGGAGAGCAAGGUCCGCAGCACCGCCAUGUGACCUGGCUCACGGAGGCUCCUAGCCCUGAGAUUGAGGUGGACACCACCACCUGGCCACUGCCUUCUCUGGGCAGGAAUCUACCAUCAAGGACUGACUGCCCAGCAGUUCUAGCCAGUCAAGGUUGGGGCUCAGACCAUGUCCAGGUUGGGGUGCCCGUAUGGCCCCCGCGUCUUCCUGGAUGCCUCCCACCCAAUUCAGAAGAGCGGAUGGAAGACGCAGUCAGUUUAGCUUCCCAUGCUGCCUCCCUUUCUCCCCUAUAACCAUGGAAAUGACCCUUAUUUCUGUGAAAUAAAGACUUUUUGUACUUCUGGGGCUGAGGCUCAGAAAUAGCCCCUCUGGCUUCCAGGGA